UCAGCUGUCUGAAUGUUUACAUCCAGCAGCGGUGUGUUCCCGACUAGAGCUCCGACAAGCAGCAGAGACUCGGAGAGACUCGGAGAGGAGCGAGCACGUGAGCAACCCGCGGAACCUGAGGACAGUCAUCAUGGGCGGAGCCGUGAGCGCUGGUGAGGAUAACGAUGACCUGAUCGAUAACUUGAAGGAGGCGUACUACAUCCGCUCUGACCUGGUGGAGCGAGCCUUCAGAGCCAUCGACCGCGCCGACUAUUACCUGGACGAAUACCGAGACAACGCCUACAAGGACCUGGCGUGGAGACAUGGGAACAUCCACCUUUCUGCUCCAUGUAUCUACUCAGAGGUCAUGGAGGCUCUGGAUCUGCAUUCCGGGCUCUCCUUCCUCAACCUGGGCAGUGGGACAGGGUACCUGAGCACCAUGGUGGGCCUCAUACUGGGCCCGAAUGGAGUAAAUCAUGGGAUUGAACUUCAUGCAGAUGUAAUUGAGUACGCCUAUCAGAAGCUGGACUCCUUCAUCAAAACCAGCGAUAGCUUUGAUAAGUUUGAGUUCUGUGAGCCGUCCUUCGUGCUGGGGAACUGUCUGGAGAUCCCUGCAGAGAGCCGGCAGUAUGACCGGGUUUACUGUGGGGCGGGGGUCCAGAAGGAGCAUGAGGAGUACAUGAAGAACCUACUGAAGCUGGGGGGUAUCCUGGUCAUGCCCCUGGAGGAAAAGCUGACAAAGAUUACCCGGACAGGCAUGAACAGCUGGGAGACCAAAAAGAUCAUCUCUGUGUCCUUUGCUCCUCUUGUGCUCCCCAAACACAGCACCAAUGGGAAACCCAGGACCGUCCCACUACCGAGGUUCGAGGUCCGGACGCUUCAAGAGCUGUCUCGUAUCGUCAUCCGCCACGCCCUCAGAGUGACUACAGAUGUUGGAGACAGCCAAUCACGUGGCAGAGGCUCCUCCUUCAGUGUGGGGAGGGGCCUGGCAGUGGCGGGCCUCCAUAAGUACGGCCCUCGCUUCAAACGGCGGCGUGUCCACCGUCGCCACUGUAAUGCCCUGGUCCUCGCCACGCGGCAGGUAGUGGCCAGCAGUGGGAUAGGCCCCGCCCCUCUGGACAGCAACAACAACCAGGGAGGGCGAGCAGAGGAGGAGGAGGUGGGAGAGAGAGAGGGGAGGCGUCAGCUGAGAGGGAGCCGACGAGGAGGACGAGGAGCAACGGUGGAGGAGGAGGAGACGGUGGAGGAGGAGGAGGAGGAGGAGCCAGAGGAGGAGGAAGAGGAGAAGGAGACCGGAGAGCUGCUCCGCCCACAACCCGCCGUCAACGUGCUUCGACAUAGGAUCCUGAAUCUGCCAUUGCCCGAGCCGCUCAAGAUGUACCUGCUGUACUACAGAGAGAAGUAGGCCACGCCCACAGAGCAAUGGCGCCACUGACAGACCACGCCUCCUUUCUUCACCUGUCUUCAUCCUCUUCAUCAUCUUCUCUGAACUAUGGCGAGGAUUCAUGGGGGGGGGGGGUUAUUUCACAUUUCACCUAAAUGAUUCACGUCCAUCAUGCUCGCCAUGGCGCAUGACAAACUUGUCCAUGACGCUGUCAGCUUGGUGUUCAGGGCGCCAAAAGCCACUUCCUGCUCGCCACGCAGCCUGAGGCUCAGAGCAGAACUGUCGCUGUACAUUUCCAUUGAGAUGACUGAGACGGUCCAAAGACCAGAGAGGAUUCUGGGUGACCAAGCAGAUUUAGUCUGAAUACUUCCCCUGAUUUCAAAAUAAAAGCAGAUUUAGUCUGAA